AUGGACGCUGUGCAACUACUGGGCUACGGUUACGUUAUCCCAUGGUCGAUCUCGGCUUAUCCACCGAUAUAUAAUAAUUGGCGACGCAACUCUGCUGCCGCUACAUCUCUAGAUUUUGUAAUGCUGAAUAUAGUUGGAUACUUCUACCUGCUUACUUCCUUAUGGCUACAGCUAUAUAAGUGGCAGAUUGAGUCAAAAGCAGUGGGAGAAUUACCAAGACCAAAAGUCACAUCUUUUGACUUUUGGUACUGUCUGCAUGGUUUCGCCAUGAACUUGGUAGUGUUGAGUCAAAUACUUAUGGGGAUCACGCUGUGGAAAUUUAACCAAACCGGGAGCACUCGAAUGAAACCGAUAUACGCUAAAAUUUUGACCACCAGUGUUGCUGUUUGCCUGCUUUCUGCCAUACAGCUCCUGUGGCAACAAACGCAGCACGGCUGGCAGAACUUGGAUACCCUGGCGUUCUGUAACAAGCUAUAUUUGCUUAAGAUCAGCAUGUCUGUUCUAAAAUAUGUACCGCAGAUCAGACACAACUUCGAACGUAAAAGCAUGAAGGGUUUCCCCAUUCAAAGUGUCGGGUGCGAUGUCUUGGGCAGCGUAUGUUCGCUGUGCCAAUUGGUGAUCCAAAUUCAGAGAGAUGAACCAGUUCUCACGCUAGAAGUUGUGGGUGCUAAUUUUGGUAGAGUUGGUAUCGCUCUUGUGACAUUACUCUUUAAUCUCAUAUACAUAUCCCAAUGGCUUGUGUACAGAAAAUAG